ACCACUCUUACUAUGCUCAAACACAAACGUCGCGUCUCCAUAUAAGUUUCAUAGCGACAUACGGCUUUUUGGCAUUCAAUGGUACGCCAGGACUUUCUUAAAUACUUCGCCAACGAAAGCGCUCGCCAUUCAACUCACGCGCACCUAACGCGUGCCUUGCCGCCCUAAGGAUCCCGUAUAAAAACCAAGCCCAUAGAAAAAUUAAAUCAUUGUUGCUCCAUUAACCAACCGGGCCGAACGUCCAAUUAGAAAAUUUAAUGACAGUGACCUUACGACAAUGAAGUGCGUUUUAUUUGUGGCUUGUGUGGUUGCCGUGAGGGGGUACAGCAUAGGGGACAAUGAGGUUAUCACCCCGCGUUUGAGUACAAGUGAGGAUCUGUUGGACAGUGUUAUCAGUGAUUGUUUCGAAAGGAGCGAGCCUUCAGCAUGUCUUAAAGUCAAAGUGCUUUCAUACCUGGAUACGCAGCUCGGAGUGAGCAAGGAGUCGGCCCGGUCUUUCGACGAGAAGAACAUCGAUAAAGUGAUCUUCGACCGUGUUGGGAGGAUCCUGAACGCGAAUGAGUUCAGAUUCCAGCUGCCGGAGUUCAUCUUCCAAAAUGCUGAGGUGUCGUACAGGGCUGAUCGGGGAUUCGAUGUUGAAUUCCCUGAGGAGACUGAAAACGGUGAAGCUCGUGGCCUCUUGAAAAAGAAGCUUCUGCUCCCAGUGCUGCUGCUCUUGAAGCUGAAGAUGAAGGCGAUCAUGCCGAUCCUGGUGACCAUCAUCGGCAUUAAGGCCGUCAAGGCCCUGAUCCUCAGCAAACUGGCCAUCACGCUGGUGCUUGGAUUCUUGAUCUACAAUCUGGUUUUGAAGAAGGGAGCUAUGCCCAUGAUGAUGGCGCCAACCGACGCCCCACCAGCGCCCCAAUACGGACCCCCCGCCUCACAAUACGGUCCCCCCUCAACCCCUGCCGCUCCUGCUGACUCCUAUGGCAGCCCCCAAUGGGAGCCCUCAAGCUCGGGCCCGUACUCUCGCGUCUGGGACCCGAGUCAGCUCGCGUACAGCUCCUACUUCCCUAGCGAAUCUAGCUCGUCUGGUUCCCAGUCUCCUAGCUACUCCAGCGUAGCUUCCAUCUCGACUGUCUCAUCAUCAUCAUCCUCGCCCACCUACUAGCUACCUCCAAAACAUCAUGUACAUAGCACGCACGGAAUGGAUAGUGUUUAGGAGCUAAGUUAUUGAUGAUAUUUAAAUUAUUUAUUGACACAAUAAAGAACUGAUGUUUUACAAGUU